UUUUCCUCCCUUUUCAACACCGUUAUUCACUUUUCUUCGUCUAUUCUCUUCCCUUCUCUUCUGUCUCCCCUUUUCUUCCACAGCGCCAGCAAGCUUCUCAAUACCAAAUCAACAACCCCCCUUUUUAAAAUUCCAAUCUUAAUUAAUCCUAAAAUCUCUGUUUUCUUACAGUUUUUCCUAAUUCCUCCUUUUUAAUCUUGUAAAUACACCCUUCUCUUUAAUUGAUUAAACCCUAAUUCAUCUUCUUUCUUAUUUUCAGGUAAUAACAGUCUGUUUAUAUUGGGACAAAGGUUUGCAGAAUCGAAGUGGAUAAUAGUGGGCUGUGUACUGUUGGUGGUUGUGAAUAAAGGGUGGUUGUAAUUAUGGAUGAUUUGCAUGGUGGGGAUGCGCAAAUGCAUAUGACAGAGGCUGAGCAACCAUUGCAUGUGCAUUAUAUGCACGACCAAAAUCAUGGUAUGCAUCAUUUGAGUAAUGACAAUGGAUUAGAGGAUGAUCAUGAUGGUAUUGUAGCAGGUACAGCUGAAGGGAUUGAUGGGGAACUUCAUAAUCAUCCUGGAAAUGGUUCUGAUAAUCAUGGGGGUAUGAUGGGGGCUAUCACUGAUAAUAAUCAGUUAACUCUUUCUUUCCAAGGCCAGGUUUAUGUGUUUGAUUCUGUCUCACCUGAAAAGGUUCAAGCUGUACUUCUUUUGCUAGGGGGUCGUGAAGUACCGUCUACAGUUCCUGUGUUACCAUUAACCUCUUCUCAGAGUAAUAGGGGGGUGGCUCCCACACCGCAGAAGUUCAACGUUCCUCAAAGAUUGGCAUCACUACUGAGGUUUCGUGAAAAGAGAAAGGAACGUAAUUUUGACAAGAAAAUACGCUACACAGUUAGAAAGGAGGUGGCUCUCAGGAUGCAGAGAAAUAAGGGUCAAUUUACUUCUUCAAAACCUAGUCAAGAUGAGGCAUCGUCUGGCGUGACGAGUUGGGAUUCUAAUCAGAGCUGGGGACCUGAUGGACCUGUACCGCUACAACAAGAAGUUUGCUGUCGACAUUGUGGCAUAAAUGAGAAAUCUACACCAAUGAUGCGGCGAGGACCAGAAGGACCCAGAACCCUUUGUAAUGCUUGUGGACUUAUGUGGGCUAACAAGGGAACUCUGAGAGACCUCUCGAAAUCAGCAAUGCCCGGUGGACAGAAUCUUUCGUUCACUAGGAGUGAGGAGGUUGUGAAUUUUGUUUCUGCAGCAAAAUGGAACGUUUGAGGCCAACCAAAUGGUUAUAGUUGCUGGGAAUGUCAGUGAUUCCACAUAAUUGCCUGUUAUGCUUUGUAGUCAAUGCACGGACUGAAAUCGAGAUUGAAUUGCUGUGCAGUGCUGAUCUUCGAUUCCUCCAUUUCGAGAUGUGUUGAAUUCGAGCGUUCUAGAACGGUGGUCACUGAAUACAGGAAUAGCCCUUUUAUUCUUGUAGUGCUUGGCUUGAAGUUUGUUGGACAAAAUUGUAUCAUAAUACUGUUUAGUUAAAAAUUAUGUACACAUUUUGUUGGAAAGCCAGAGUGCACCAUUUGGUUUUGUGAUUCUUUUCUUA